AUGAGAAGGCAUGUUCUGCUGAAGCUCUCCCCUAAUGAGGCCCUUCUGGAACUCCUGCUUGUGUUGUUGCUGGGGUUACAUGCCCUGGCCGUGUGCCCCUCCAUGUGCUUGUGCGGCCGCAGCCACAGGGAGGUAGACUGCUCAUGCAGGGGUCUGAGACAGUUGCCCGAUGGCCUGCAGCACAACAUGCGCUCCCUCAACUUGUCCCACAACCGAUUCCACAACCUGGACGGCCAGCUCACCGCAUACACCCAUCUCCGCUUCCUCGAUUUGUCUCAUAACCGGCUGAGCCACCUGCCCGCCGGCUUGCCCCGUUCCCUCUGGCAGCUCUACGCCGCCUCCAACCGCCUCCAGUUGCUGGACAAGAACGACACGGUCAACCAGUGGAAUCUGCGACUGCUUGACCUCUCCAACAACAAGCUGGAGCGUGCCAUCUUCAUCAACAACACACUGAUCAAUCUGUGCACGCUCAACCUAAGCCACAAUCAAUUCUGGACUUUGCCCACCAACAUGCCAGCGCACCUGGAGAAUAUUGACCUGUCCCACAACUUGCUUGUGAAGGUGCUGCCGGGCUCUCUGGACCGGCUCCUCAGAGUAACUCACUUCUAUCUGCAUGCUAACCGCUUUUCCACGCUGCCAUUUGGAGUGUUGGACAAGAUGACAUCAAUUCGAGUCAUCACUCUGGGCGACAACCCUUGGGACUGUCACCUUUAUGCCGACAUCACCUACUUACUCUCCUGGACUCAGCACACCCCUGCCCGCGUCCUGGGCUGCCCCUGCCACACCCAGCCUGUCUGUGGAGGGGUGCGCCCUGGCAAGGCUGGAGGUUGGCACUUUGCUUCCUACAACCUACCCCCACUUGCAGCGAGUGGCCAGGACCUGAGCUCCAUGCCCCCUGACACCAGCGUGACAGGGUGGUGGUACUCUGUUUCCGCUCUGCAAAGCACCCCACACACCCCCAAAGAGAUCUUGAACACACAGCACGUCCCUUUCACAGCCACACCCGUGAGCAUCUCCACCCUGCGACCCAGAAGCACAGGCACACACCUAACUAUUAAUCACCUCUCUGCAUCUGCCACCGCAGAGCACAUGCUCCGCACUGAUUCCCAUCUCAUCUCUGGCACAAAGGAAGGCUCAUCCAUUGGCACUGACACAUCCUCUUUUUCUGACACGAGCUUCAUUACUGAAACAUCCAUUACGGCUGACAUGACGGUGGCCUCAGACAGUUUCUUUACAACAGAGAGCCCCUCCAUCCAAACAAAGAAGACAACCACUCUUCGCACCAGGAGUGUGAGGAGAAAGAAUCAGUCCCAUCCUAGCGGCAUCAGCAACAGAAGCCCGACUCUUGCUAUCUGCUCCUCGCUCCCUUUCCUACACAAGCUGGGCCUUCUUUCUGUCAUUCUGCAACAAGUCCUCUGA